CCUAAAACCUAUAAAUUUGUGCUUUGAAAAUAUUUGCGCGACGCUGAGAGGUCUUCCAAAAAAUCGAUAUCAAACUUCUAACAAAAAUGCUCACAAAUGUCCGACUUUUAGAAACUGAGCAAUACUUGGCUGAAGAUGCAGUUUUUCAUGCUGAUUCAGAAUAUGACCUUAUUUUCAGGAAAAGGUGCUUUUUGAGGAAGAAAACUGCGAAAUACUCCAAAAUCCUUAGGGUUUUUGGAAAGCCUGGAACGAAGCAUCCUUACCGAACUGCGCUUAGCUGCGACCAGUAUAUGUGGAGGAGGUGUAGAUGAACAUUUUGAGCUAUUUUUCAUGUUGAUAUCUAGUGCGCGGAGUUGCGCGCGUGCAUUUUUAUGAAGUCACCUUUUUUUAAACAGGUUUUCUAGAAAGAUCUUUGAGCCUCAACAGAAAUUUAACUUGUUCUUCCAAAACUUUUUUACGUUUAGAAAGCCCAACACCUGACGAUUCCAUAUCAGUGUUUGCUUUUCAAAAAAAAUUCAAAUUUGAUGGAGAAAAUGCAAUUUUAAAUACCAACACGCCUAUUCCGCUAGUAAUUUUGUAACUUGGUUUUCUCCACUUUGGAAGCAGCUAGACCAAAAACUUUUUCACUGUUAAAUAGGGCAUUGUUUACACUAUAUAUACCGCUAUUCAAAACAGAAAAUUUCGUAUCUACGAUUUUUUCAGAAAAUGCCGCCUAAAUGCCCACUGUGGGGUGAUCCCUUGAUAGGUAAAGGGUUGAGAAGAAUACUGUUGAAAAUUGUUCACAAUGAAUGUCUGAAUGUGUUAAAUUUGAAUAAACAAUAAUUUGAUUUAAAUAAGUGAAUAAUGAAUCCUUGGUAAUUUUCAGUAUCAAUGAUUUCACAUUUGGAUACGUUUUUCUAAGUACGAAAGGAAAAUGAUGCUAUGAAUGAAGAAUUGAUAAAUGUUUGACAGUUGUACAGACUGACUUUACACUAUUAUAAUUGUUUGUAUUUAUGGAAAUUGAAUUCAAUAAUUUAUCAUACUUGUAUAUGUUUAGUGAGAUUUUGCACAUUUGCAAUAAUAUUUCAUCUUCUGAAUAAUUAAAUGUAAGGUACAAUUUACGUUCCAAAUAAAAAUAUGAUGUGACUAACGAUUCGAAAUCAAAAUAAUUAGUUGUCGAAAUAGUCAUAUAAAAGUCCAACUGUUUUAAAUCUGAUAAAUGAAUGAAUAUCACUUUCCAUUGAUAGCCGUCUUUUGGGUGGGUGCCGGUGGUAAAUUUCUAUUUCCAACAAUAAUUGUCGCAAUUGACCUAAACCAUGACACCAUUCUUUCGCGAACAUUUUCCGCGAACGAAUCUUCUGUAAAUUUUUCAUAAUACAAAUUUAGCUAAUUGUAGCAAUGCGUGGGAGUGGCGAUGAGGGCAGUGUGAGACUUGUGAAGCAGUUAUCUGAAAUAUUCCACAUGAAUAAUAUUACAUUUCAAGACGCGACGUUAACACAAAAUCCAUUUACAUUUACCAUUACCCCUCAAUUUCUUAAUACCUCAUCAUUAUUUGGUGCAUGUCCAAUAUUAUUAAAUGAUCCUACAUCUUCUUCUCAACCACAACAACAAACCGUUAUAACAUCAAAUAAUCCUCUACUUCAGUUAAUUGGACAACAGACUGUACUAACACCGACUAAGUCACAAUUUAAUUCUACAACUGAUAUGACUGUAUUAUCAACCCCUAGUAUUCUUUCACCACCCACGAUUAAUUUCGUUCUUGAUGUAUCAUCAUUAGCGAGUCUCGGAUUCUUACAAAGUCUUUUUACAACUAGUAUACCAACUGUUUUACAUUUACCAGAAUCGCCACCAAUUACCGGCACAUUAAUUACAACUAAUUCUCCGGCGUUCGAAGAACAGCUAAGAAAAUUAGUUACAACUCCAACAUUAGAUGGUUUUAUCUUACAACCAAAUAGUAUUACUCCAACGGCAAUAACUCCUCAACCUCAAGAAACAGCUGCAUCUGCUCCAUCGAAAGCAAAACUACCACGAACAUCAAAAAAUCGCUCUAAACUCAUUUCAUCCGUCAGUUCAUUAGAAAAUGACGUUACAUUUACAUCUCGUGCACGUAAAAAACCGGCGUCUGAACCAUCAGCUAAACGAGUAAUUCAAGAGGAUGAAGAUGAUACAUGUCAUAUUAUUGAACCACAACAAUAUCGAAAAAUUGAAGUGAAUGUUCCUCAGCAUAGUAUGAUCGAUGUCAAGGAACUGUUGCCAUCUGCUCCAUCAACACCUGCUAUUCAAUCGAUAUUAAUUAACCACACUGGUGACGAAUGUUCAACAACAGUAGUUAUUAAUAAAGCAAUAUCGUCUACUGCAGCAGCCACUACUACUCCGAAGAAAAAAACUGUACGAAAACGUGUUAAGAAAACGGGAGUCGAUGAUAAUGCGUUAUCGAUUUCAACCUCAAUACUAAUGAAUAUGCCGUCAAGUCUCCUAACUCCUUCAUCUGUACCUCCACCAUCUUUGGCUCCCCCAAGUUCUCUCAGUGGUCUCUCACCACCCCUCACUCCUGCAGAAUUUGUUCAACCAUCUACACAACCAUUGGACAACUUAUUCGCUUCAUCUACAGAUUUAUUUACUGGUCCAUGGUCUGAGGCUCUAUUAAAAGAUAUUCCUAACACAGAUUUAUUUGAUUUUGAUCAUUUUGAUUUUGAUGCACUUAAUCAACAGAAUCUACAACAGCAAGUAGAGUAUGAUGCGUCGACACAAUUUGAUUUUUUAUUUGAAAAUUGUUUGUAA